AUGAGCUUCGUGACGGUCGCUGCGGCCACGCUGCCGAGCGUCCCGCUUGACUUUGUGGGGAACCGAGACCGUAUCCUGGAGUCGAUCCGGAUCGCCAAGGAAAAGGGAGCCUCGCUGCGGACGGGGCCAGAGCUCGAGAUCCCCGGCUACGGAUGCCUCGAUCACCAUCUCGAGAGCGACACCGAGCUGCACAGCUGGGAGGUCCUGGCCGACGUCAUCUCCAAUGAUGUGUGCCGCGGCAUCCUCGUCGACCUGGGCAUGGGCGUCAAGGCCAGAAACGUGCAAUACAACUGCCGAGUCCUGUGCACAUACCGAAAGGUCUUUGCCGUCAGGGCGAAGCAAGCGCUUGCGGGGGACGGGCUGUAUCGGGAGGCUCGCCACUUCACGGCAUGGGUCAAGGAGCGCCAGGUGGAAGCGUACAAGCUGCACCAGGUCGUCAAGGACGUGACGGGGCAGAAGACGGUUCCGAUUGGCGACUUCAUACUGGAAACGCCCGAUACUUCCGUCACUUGCGAGACGUGCGAGGAACUGUUUGUCCCGAGGAACCCGUCCAUCUUCACCGGCCUCAACGGGGCCGAGAUCAUUCUGAACUCCAGUGCUUCACACGCCGAGCUGCGCAAACUCGAGAAGAGGCUUAACCUGAUAUCGAACUCGACAAGGAGCAAUGGCGGAUUGUACGUCUACGCAAACGCCACGGGCGUUGACGGCGAAGCCAGAAUGCUAUUCGAUGGAAGCAGCAUGAUUAUCCAGAACGGCGAAGUCCUGGCACAGUCGUCUCAGUUCUCUCUCGCUCCAGUCGAGGUCACCGUCGCCACUGUCGACCUCGAGAGAGUCCGGAGCUACCGGACCAGCCACAGCCGCAACAUACAGGCAGCCCAGCAGCCCGAAUACCCCCGUGUCGAGUGCGACAUGGCUUUGUGUCGCCCCGGCGCGGACAUGUUUCUCUCGGACAAGGUCAUUUCCACCGAGAUUCCCAUCAAAAUCUUGAACCCCAUGGAGGAAAUCUACAUGGCGACAUCGGUCUACCUGUGGCAAUAUCUGGUCCGCAGCUCCAGCGCGGGUUUCUUCAUUGCUUUGUCGGGCGGGUUAGACAGCUCUACCGUUGCGCUGUUUGUAUACGGCAUGGCAAGGCUAGUGCUGCUGUCCAUCAGAAGCGGCCAAGACAGCACCUUGCACGAUCUGCGCAGAGCGGUGGGCGAGAAGGAUUAUUCUCCCAAAAGCCCCGAAGAAAUCGUGUCGAAACUACUUCACACCUGUUUCAUGGGCACAGUCAACAGUUCCGAUGAGACCCGGUCGAGGGCCAAGAGGCUAGCUGAGCGCAUCGGGGCCUACCACACGGACAUCAACAUCGACCAGGCGAUUAGAGCCCACGAGUCAAUUGUCGAGCAGUCGCUCGGUGGAUUUAAGCCGAGGUUCUCUGUUGAGGGCGGGACGGUGAACGAGAAUUUGGCCAAGCAAAACAUUCAGGCCAGAAACCGAAUGGUGGUAGCUUACGAGCUUGCUCAGCUAUCGACUCAGGCCAGAGGCUUGCCCCGAGCAGGUGCAGCUCUGCUCGUCUUGGGAUCGGGCAACGUUGACGAGAAUCUGCGCGGCUACUACACCAAGUACGACGCCAGUUCAGCCGACCUCGCCCCCUUGGGUUCCAUCUCCAAGAACGACGCCAAGGACUUCCAGCGCUGGGCCCGCGACAACUGGGACCUGCCCAUCAUGGACGAGUUCAUCGAGGCGACGCCCUCGGCCGAGCUCCUCCCCCUCUCGGCCGGCGUCCAGGCCGACGAGGUUGAGAUGGGCCUGACAUACUCGGAGCUUUCCGACCUGGGCAUCCUGCGCAAGGUCGACAAGCUGGGCCCGUGGUCCGCCUACCUCCGACUGCUGAGCCAGUGGAAAGAACGCCCAGGCUUUGGGCCUAGGGAGAUUGCUGAGAAGGUCUACCGCUUCUACCGCUUCUACGCCAUCAACCGGCACAAAGCCACCAUUAUCACGCCGAGUGUGCACCUGUCGGGGUACAAUCCCGACGAUAACAGACACGACCUGCGCCCCUUCUUGUACGUCGUCAACUGGCCGUGGCAGUUUGGAAAGAUUAAAGAGCACGUCGAGCACUUGGAGAGCAAGAUAAAGGAGAAGAGGGGUGCCAAGGCGUAA